UGGUCCAGGUAGGCCAACACAGCUCCCCCAACUGACAAGAUUGCCAAGUCAACGCCCAAUCGACCCAUGACGUCAUCCUCCACGUCAUCUUUAACCCCCUUUUAAUAAGCUGUCGUGUGCCCACAAUGUGCCCAUUCCACGCCUUUCAUCAAAUCCCCCUCCAAAAAUAAAUCCCUUUCAUCAAAAAAAUCAAACCUAAUUUAAUUUCCCUCGUUAUAUUAUAUAGUUUCAUCCUCACUAAACACACCAUAAAAAAAAAAAAAAAAACUAUGUCCGGACCAUACUGGUAUCAACUUUACUCCGAUCGUGUUUCGGAACACGACGAUCAAUUUUCAUUGGUGCGCGCGCCCGUUGCUGAGCACGUGUACGAGUCCGUGUUGGGGGAGACGGGGCACAGCAGCAGCGGGUGCAGCAGCCACGUCGACUCCCCGAACUCGAAUGGUACUACUUAUGGAGCACAGAGUCCUACUCUAAUGCAGAGGGAGGUUAGCUGCCACUCUCUCAUCAAUACAAAAGUGGAAGGUUAUUACAAUAUUGAAUCGGAAAGUAGCCAUGGUAGCUCCCAGUGGUAUAAUAAGUGGUCGAAUUAUCCAUUUGCAAGUGAGAAUAGCAUAUUUGAGAGCAUGAACAGAGCCACACCCUACAGCCCAGAGGAGAAGAAGGAGAGAAUUGAGAGAUAUAGAAGCAAGAGAAAUCUCAGAAACUUCAACAAGAAAAUCAAGUAUGAAUGUAGGAAGACUUUGGCAGACAGGCGGCCGCGAGUGAGGGGAAGAUUUGCGAAAAACGACGAGAUAUAUACAGAGGAAGCGACUCAACGUCCAUUUCAAGAGGAAGAAGACGAUGAAUAUUAUAGCUGGAUUACUAUACUUGAUGCACUCAACAAAUCUGAUGCCGCCUUAAUAUCUUCAUUCUAAUAUAUUUAGAUGGUAUUAUUUUGUUUUAACUAUCACUUUAUUAGAUUAUUUUGAUCAAGAAUUGGUAAAUUAAAGUCAUAGAUUGUACUAGUAUUUAUAUUUUGUUGGAACUAUACUAAUAUAAAACAGCUGGUUCAUGAUACACGAGAAACUUUUUAUUAA